AUGGAUACCCAUCAUACAAUUGUUCAUAAGGAACCCAUCACUGUUUAAGUUGUUCAAACCAAGCCUUUUGCUGGUUAGAAACCUGGUACUUCUGGACUUCGUAAAAAGGUUAGUGUUGUUAAGGAGGCUCAUUACUUAGAAAAUUUCGUAAGCUCAGUCUUUAAAACCAUUCCCAGCGAAGAAUUUACAAAGGAAAACAUCUUGGUUGUUGGUGGUGAUGGCAGAUAUUUCAACAAAGAAGCCAUCGAUAUCAUCAUUAAAAUUGCUGCUGCAGAAGGUGUUGAUCACAUUCACGUCGCUCAUACUGGUUUAAUGUCCACUCCUGCUGUCUCUGCUUACGUCAGACAUUUGAAUCUCGACUUGAAGCUUAACUGCAUUGGUGCUUUUAUCUUAACUGCUUCUCACAAUCCUGGUGGUCCAACUAACGAUUUUGGUAUCAAAUUCAAUGUUAGAAAUGGUGGUCCAGCUCUUGAAGACUUCACUAACACCAUCUACAAGCACACUACUGAAAUAACUUCUUACAAGAUUGCUCAUGGUGAAAUAAAGUAUGAUUUACACAAGAUAUAAGAGUACGUUUUCGAAAAUGUAGAAAGAGAAUCAAAGAGACCUAAAUUCACUAUCAAGGUUGUAGACUCAACUGAAAAUUACAUUAAUUUAAUGAAAACCCUCUUCGACUUUGAUAAAUUGAAGAAACUUUUCUAAAGAAAGGACUUCUAGUUCCGUUUCGAUGGCAUGCAUGGUGUCGCUGGACCUUAUGCUCAUAAAAUCUUCCAUGAAAUUCUUGGUGCUCACACUGAUAAUUUGAUUAACUGUAACCCUAAAGAAGACUUUGGUGGUGGUCAUCCCGAUCCUAACCUCACCUAUGCUGAGCAUCUUGUUAAAAUUAUGGAUGUCCACAACAUGAUUAAUACUAUUGCAGAAAGAAUUCCCAAUUUUGGUGCUGCAUGUGAUGGUGAUGCUGAUAGAAAUAUGAUCUUAGGAAGACGUUUCUUUGUUACUCCUAGUGAUUCUGUUGCUGUCUUGGCUGCUAAUGCUAGCUCCGUAUUUGGUAAGAAUGGACAUCUUUUAGGUGUUGCCCGUUCCAUGCCUACAUCUGGUGCUCUUGAUAAGGUAGCUGCCAAGCUUGGAAUCAAAAACCUUUAUGAAACUCCCACUGGAUGGAAGUUCUUUGGUAACUUGAUGGAUGCUGGAAAAAUUAAUAUUUGCGGAGAAGAAAGCUUUGGUACUGGUUCUAAUCACAUUAGAGAAAAGGAUGGUAUUUGGGCUAUUUUAGCAUGGUUGAGCGUUAUUGCUGACAGAAACGUAGACAAAACUUAAGAAGGUCAUCUUAUCGGAGUUUAAUAAAUAGUCGAAGAAUUCUGGAAGACUUAUGGAAGAAACUACUAUUCUAGAUACGAUUAUGAAGGAGUUGAUGCCGAUGCUGCCAAUAAAGUUAUGGCUCAUCUUGAAACCCAAUUCAAGCACUUCGAAGAAUUAUAGAAAGGUAAUGUUGCUGAUAUUUUCAACUAUACUGAUCCUGUUGAUGGAUCUGUUAGCAAGAACUAAGGUAUUAGAUUUAUCUACGCCGAUGGUUCUAGAAUCAUUUUCAGAUUAAGUGGUACUGGUUCUGAAGGAGCUACAAUUAGAAUUUACUUUGAAAAGUAUGAAGCUACUGAUAUUGAUCAAAGAACUGAUUUAGCCUUAGAAGAAAUAAUAAAUUUAGGUCUCUAACUUUCUAAGAUUUCUGAAUUCACUGGAAGAAAUGAACCUACUGUUAUCACAUGA